CGGUGCACGCGAUGGCGGACGCGCCGCCGUUUGUUUGUUUAUUUGUUUAUUUGUUGACGCGCUCUGAAUCUUAAUCAUCUUCAUCAGCAGCCGCAAGAAAAGAUCCGAAGUUGGACGUCGUGACGCUUUUUUGAAAGGUUUUUUCUUCUAAUUCCUGUCAUCAUGCUUUAGAAGGAUGUCGGAUUCCGUGAAUCGGUGAUGAAAUGGAGCUGCGCAGGUGACGACUGGAGCGUUAUAAAGAGGAGAAUAACACAAGAAAGAAGAUAAAGAGAAGGAGAAACCCCACAGAGAGAGAGAGAGAUGUAUGGACGAUACACUCAGGAGCUGGGCGCAUACGCCAAGGAGGAAGCAGCCCGCUUUCGGGCCGCUGGGGUUCGGAACCAAAAUCCGGAUCAGCUGGAAUACGAAAAGAAUCCGUGUGCAAAGUGUCAUUUGUGCACUUCGCGCUGUCAGAGGUUCCUGAUUUCUCGCGUGGGUGAAGACUGGAUUUUCCUCCUCCUCUUGGGGCUGGUGAUGGCGAUGGUCAGCUGGGUGAUGGACUACACCAUCGCCUUCUGUCAGCAAGCACAGAAGUGGAUGUAUGGAGGACUGGACAGUAAUAUGCUUCUACAGUACCUGGCCUGGGUCGCAUAUCCUGUGGUCCUCAUUACCUUCUCUGCAGGAUUUACACAAAUUCUUGCACCUCAAGCAGUGGGUUCCGGGAUUCCGGAGAUGAAGACGAUCCUUCGUGGUGUCGUGCUGAAAGAAUAUCUGACGUUUAAAACCUUUGUUGCAAAAGUUAUCGGUUUGACUUGUGCCCUCGGUAGCGGGAUGCCACUGGGCAAAGAGGGUCCAUUUGUCCACGUCGCGAGUCUGUGUGCUGCACUGCUGAGCAAAUUCAUGGCCCUGUUUGGAGGAUUCUACAUGGUAUUCACUUCUAUCCCUGUGUUUUACUUCCUACUGCUGAAGGAAGAACCGUUUGAGGGAACCAAGAAUGAGCUGCGGAACACUGAGAUGCUCUCUGCAGCGUGUGCUGUUGGAGUUGGCUGCUGCUUUGCUGCUCCUAUCGGAGGUGUGUUGUUUAGUAUUGAAGUGACAUCUACGUUUUUUGCGGUGAGAAAUUACUGGAGAGGAUUUUUCGCAGCGACGUUCAGCGCCUUCAUCUUCAGAGUGUUGGCCGUGUGGAACCAAGAUGAAGAGACGAUCACGGCUUUGUUUAAAACGAGAUUCCGUUUGGAUUUUCCCUUCGACCUGCAGGAGCUCCCGGCCUUCGCUGUGCUCGGUAUUGCGAGUGGAUUCGGAGGUGCGCUGUAUGUUUACCUGAACAGGCUGAUAGUCGAGUCGAUGAGGAAACAGAAAACCAUCAACAAGUUUCUUCUGAAAAAGCGGUUGGUUUAUCCUGCACUCGUCACUCUUCUCAUAUCGACUCUGACUUUUCCUCCAGGAUUUGGCCAGUUCAUGGCCGGACAGCUCACGCAACACGAGUCGCUGGUGGCCCUGUUCGACAACCAGACGUGGUACAAGCAGGGCGUGUCCGAGGCCUUCGACUUCUCCAGUCAGCAUCAGGCCUGGAAACACCCGCAGGUCAGCGUCUUCAUCACCCUCCUCCUCUUCAUCGUCAUGAAGUUCUGGAUGUCGGCAGUUGCUACGACGAUGCCAGUGCCAUGCGGCGCCUUCAUGCCCGUUUUCCUCAUAGGUGCUGCAUUUGGUCGCCUGGUGGGUGAAAGCAUGGCGGCCGUGUUCCCUGAAGGCAUUCACAGUGACAGCACCGUAUAUCCCAUAGUCCCCGGUGGCUACGCUGUUGUAGGUGCUGCGGCACUUUCCGGAGCGGUCACACACACCGUGUCCACGGCGGUCAUCGUGUUUGAGCUGACCGGUCAGAUCUCUCACAUCCUGCCCGUGAUGAUUGCCGUGAUUCUGGCCAACGCAGUGGCUCAGAGCCUCCAGCCCUCGCUGUACGACUCCAUCAUCAGGAUCCAGAAACUUCCGUACCUGCCGGAACUGGGCUGGGGCCAGGAAAAGUACAACAUCCGAGUGGAGGACAUCAUGGUGCGAGACGUACGUUACAUCACACUAUCCUCUACGUACCGGGACGUGCAGGAGGCUUUGGUGACAGGGCAGCUGAAGACUCUCGCUCUCGUGGAGUCUAAAGAGUCGAUGAUCCUGCUUGGAUCUAUUGAGCGUUCUCAGCUCCAGUUCUUGCUCUCGGAGCAGCUUGGUCGAGGUCGGAGGUUGGAGUACCUGAGAGAACGAGCGCAGGACAAUGGCGCCCAUGUCCCCCCGUCGUUAUCCCAGAAUUCCUCGCCCAAAGCCAGUCGAGGCGUCCGCUUCCUGAUCUCCACCGAGGAAUCCUCCUUCAGUUCGACUCUCAGCAACUCCCAGAUCCCCCUGAAGUCUGCACUGAAGACCGUGUCGUCUGUCAGCAACACAGACACCCUGAACAGUUCUCCGACUUCUUCCUGUGGAGAAUCAGUGAAGGAGCAGGUGGAGGAAGCUCCUAACAACGACGAUGACAUGUCCACAGCAGAGAUGUCUUUACCUCAGAUAGCCGAGUGGGAGGAGCAACAGCUGGAAGAAGCAGUCUGCUUUAAUAACUGUAAGAUAGACCCCGCCCCUUUCCAGCUCGUCGAACGUACAUCUCUGCACAAAACACACACCAUUUUCUCGCUACUCGGUUUGGAUCACGCUUACGUCACGAGCACCGGAAGACUCGUCGGUGUUGUCUCGUUGAAGGAGCUACGCAAAGCCAUUGAGGGUUCUGUAACAGUCACAGGUGUGAAGGUCCGCCCUCCUCUGGCCAGUUUCCGUGACAGCGGCACCAGCAGCAACGUUUCCGAGGUAACCGAGCUCCACAAGCUCUGGAGUCGCCACAGGAGCCUGCCGUUGCCACGGGAACCCAAAACAGCCACCGAGCUCUGCGACGAGCUGGAGCAUCCGUCCGAGAGCAGCGUGCUGAACGAGACGGACUGCACUGAGGUCUUACACAGCGAGGACCAUUCAGAAUCCACGGUGGCAGAAGAGACCCAGUCGGAGAUGGAGAACUGUUCAGAAAACUUUUCCGAACCGGCCGAAGAAAACGACUCGAACCAAACUGAGGAACUAACGUGUGAAAUCGACUCGUCACCCACGGAGGAGAAGCCAGAAUGACAGCUGCUGGUUAUUAGUUAAUGCACACUUACAAAUCUAACGACAUCCACACACACGGCCCUGCCUUCAGACUAGCAAGCGACAAAACAACAGCUCUGGCUCUGUGUUAUGCUAAUUAGCUAUGAUGCAGUGAAUCUAGAUAUUUCCACUAAUAUCUUCUAGGUUGUGUCAUACUGGAUUAGUUUCCAGUGGCAUUAAUGUUAAAAAAAUGAGCCAGAAGUCUAACAGACAUUUACAUUUACAGCAUUUAGCAGACUUUCUUAUCCAAAGCGAUAUACAAAAGUGCUUUUUUUUUUU